AUGGGGAGUGAUACCACUUUAGUGCGCAAGCAAUUUGUUAAUUGUCUUGGUUUACCUCAUCUUGGUUCAAGUACCCUUAAGUUUGGCACAGCGGGGGAAAACGUACACGAGGAACUUUCACAGGAUUUUAACUUGGAAAUUAAACCCCUCAAAUCAGACGAGUGCUCGUACAAGAUUGUCGCAUCGUCAGUAGUUAAGCCAUGCUUUGAUGUUAACCCCAUACCUUCGAAAGUGUUUGCAGAGUAUGAAUACCUUACACCAUAUGGUGACCAAAUUGCUUCAUAUGGAGGACCAGUGGACCUUCUCAUAGGUAGAGAUUAUGCACCUUACAUACAAACAUUAAAUGUUUUGCAAGCCCCUUCUGAUCCAGAAAAAUAUCCAUCUAUUUCUUUCACCAAACUUGGUUGUUAUCUCUUUGGUGGUAUUGUUGAACACCCUGAACAACGAUUCGCCACAAUGGCCAAAGUGAAUUUCCUUAGUAAGUCUGAAGACCAGAAACUAAGAGAUUUUUUUCCAUGGGGACAUUCUUGGAGUGAAGCCUACUAA